AUGCAAGGGGCUGGUGCCGUCGGUAGAACACGUCAGAAAACGUCUAAAAAGAAGGCAAAGAGGAAUCCGGACCCAAACAGACUCUACGUUGGAUCCUUGCCCAUCUCAGUUAACAAUCGUGAUCUGCACGAGUACUUCUCCGUAUUUGGCAUUGUUAAGGAAGCUUUUGUGCUAAAGGGGCACCAGGACAAUAGUCGUGGUUUCAUCGUCUUCCAGGACGUA